CCUUCCACCACCACCAUCACCAUCAGUGUGUGUGUGUGAUACCUUGCCAUCACCUCACCAUCAUCGUCAUCAUAGCCAUGACGUCCGUAGCUGCAGUUACCAGCGUCCUUGCGGCAGAUGUGUCCGCCUUCUCCACCUUGAUCCGCUCCCUCUCCACGGACUGCUCCUCCCUCUUCAGCAGCAGCACCUCUCUCCUUCCUUCACACCUACCCUCGUCACCCUCCUCCUCUCUCUCCUCCUCCCAGGAUGAGAGCUCAGCAGACUUCUUUCUCACACUCAAGUCCACUCUCCUACUCUCCUACACGCAACACCUCUUUCUCCUCUCCUCGCAUAGAGCACUUGGUCUUUCCAUCCAGGAGGGCGAAGGGAAGGAAGUCGUGGAGAGACUUGUGCGGAUUAGGGUCACGCUGGACAAGAUGAAGACGCUAGAGGCGCGAUUGAAGCCAAAGUGGGAGAGGCUGGUCAGAGCAGCACAGAAUGCUACGACAUCAGGGAAGAGCCAGGCUGAUGGAAGUGAUGAGGAGGGCGAGGGUCAAGACGAGGCAGAUGAAGAGGAUGCGGAACUGGACCCACUGUCCUUCCGGCCCAACCCGUCGGCUCUGCUCGAUUCUUCUUCUGCCGCAAAGAAGAAGUCCACUGCUGCCGCUACUUCCUCGUCCUCUUCUUCCCGCAAGGCCAAAGGCGCCCGCACUGCCGAGGAGUCAGACGAGGAGCAAGCCGCCUCUUCUCGCUCCGGCGUGUAUCGUCCGCCCAAGCUGGCCCCCGUACCCUACUCGGACCGUCCUCGUUCCAAGGGUCGUCGUGGCGAUGGGUCCUCUGAUGACGAGCGUGACGACUCUCGCUCUCGUCGCGGAGGAGGUGGACGCCCACUCAAUGCCCACCUCUUGCCAGAUCUGAGCACCUCCCUCUCCUCGAAUCCUUACAGCACCUCUUCUACUGGCCUCACAUCCCUCUCUGCCUCUGAUCCCCACACCUCCGCCCGUGCGCGCAGAUUGAAGGAAAUGGACGAAUACGAAGAGAACAAUUUCACCCGUUUAGUCCUGAGCAAGAAAGACGAACGCAAGCGUCGCAGAGACGAAGAGGACGUCGUACUCGGUGGCGUCACCACUGCUGGUUUAUCUUCCUCCUCCAGGGGUGGAUCCAAAGUGGGAGCUGGACUAGAAGAGGAAUUUGGAGAUUUACUUCGGGGUGGAGAGAGGAGAGGUGGCAAGGGACAGAGUAGAAGGGAAUGGGAUGAGCUUACGACUAAGAGGAGGAAGGCAACGGCUCCUGCUGGAGAGUCGGAGGGGAGACGCGGAGGUGGUGGUGGUGGGAAGAAGAGAGGAGGAGGUAGUAGUACGGGAGGUGGGAACCGGUUUGAGAAGGCCGUCGCUUCACAUGGAAAGAAGAGACGGUGAGAAAGAGGAGUACCGGCAUGGGCUGAUAGGCAUCUUAUGCCAUUCGUCGAUGAAUCAUAUAUGCCUUUCGAUGAUGCUACUGAACAUGGGGUGCCCCUGCAAUAGGCUUUUGGUUGCUCGCUUUCCAUCACCAGAUCCCCACCCUUGCUACUUCUCUUCUUUCCCAACUUCUCCCAUCCUUUCUUCUUCUUCCUCGCCUCCUCUACUUGAUUUCCUCCUUGCUUUGCGCCUCCUUCAACCGUCUAAUGUG